CCGUCUUCGUCUCUCCCAUCUCCCCCUCCUAUCAAUCUCCACCACAGAGCGGCGGCGGCGGCGGCACAGCGGGAGAGAGAGAGAGAGCGAGGAGAGAGCUCCAGCCAUGGUGCACGUCAACUUCUACCGCAACUAUGGUAAGACUUUCAAGAAGCCAAGGCGUCCUUAUGAGAAGGAGCGUCUCGACGCAGAACUGAAGCUGGUCGGUGAGUAUGGACUGAGGUGCAAGCGCGAGCUGUGGAGGGUUCAGUAUGCAUUGAGCAGGAUCCGCAAUGCUGCAAGGCACUUGCUCACACUGGAUGAGAAGAACCCCCGCCGUAUCUUCGAGGGUGCUGCGCUUCUCCGCCGCAUGAACCGCUAUGGGCUCCUCGCUGAGGGUCAGGACAAGCUUGAUUACGUCCUUGCCCUGACUGCUGAGAACUUCCUUGCCAGGCGCCUUCAGACUCUUGUCUUCAAGGCUGGCAUGGCAAAGUCAAUCCACCAUGCCCGUGUCUUGAUCAGGCAGCGCCACAUCAGGGUUGGCAGGCAAAUCGUCAAUGUCCCGUCCUUCAUGGUGAGGGUUGAGUCUGAGAAGCACAUCGACUUUUCGCUGACAAGCCCAUUCGGUGGAGGCCCAGCAGGCAGGGUGAAGAGGAAGAACCAGAAGAAGGCAAGUGGUGGCGGUGACGCUGGUGGUGACGAGGAUGAGGAGUGAUAAGGAACUACUAGUAGCUAUCACCUAAUAUUUAUCAAAAUACAAUCAUCCUGAGAAUGUUGGUGUGUCAUGAGUACUUUAGCUGAGAGGCCUGGCCUGAGACUUGUCAUGGGUUUUUCCCUCUAGGCAGGACGUUUUGUUGCUUUAUCUCGUGUUGUUAGCAUGCACUUUCCUAUGUU